AUGACAAGCGGUCUUCCCUAUCUUAAGUCGCUGCGCAAGCCCGACCUCGUCGACUUCGCCGAGCGCACCGAUCUGCAAGAAUAUGAGGACUUUAACAAGAAUGACCUCGCAAUUGCGCUGGACAAGCACCUGAGCGACAACAGUUCCAUCUUCAUGACCGACAGCAAGCUUAGUAAAUUCUACGAGCGCCUGGGUGUCGCCACACCCAGAAAGACACCAGCCAAGCGCACGUCCGAGGCCAAGGUCGAGAUCUCCCCCGUCAAGAAGACCCCUGGUCGCAAGCCCAAGACCAAAGUCGAAAGCGAACCCUCCUCCGACGAGAGCUCCAAACCCGCAAUCACCAAGCCUACCCGGACCCCUAGCUCGGUCCGCACUCCGCAAGCCUCUUUCGAUGUCCCUGCCUCGCCGGCCCUGGUGGCCGCUAGUAUCGAUCGCCAGACCGCCAAGAUGCGCGAGGGUCUGGAGAACGCCUGGGACCACAGUGGCUUCCUAGAGCACUCGUACAGCGUGCGCGCAAUGCUGAGCAGCCUCAAGGCCGUCGAGACCAUCCUCAUCUGUCUGGAGGGGUCCAGCGUGAUCAAGUCACUUUUCCCUAUGCGCCACCUCGCCAACACCCCCGCCGUGGACGCGAUCCACCUGCCGGAAAUUAUGAUCAAGGUCCCCGACGUGUUCGUGAUGAUCACCGGCGAGUUCUGGGCUUCUUUGACAUUGUGGGCACUUACCAGCGUCGUAUUGCCUUUGAUUGCGGCUUGGUUCAUUAACUUGAGCUGGAUGGCUGCGACUGGUGGGCAGUCUGUUCGUCGGACUCGCUCGGCUUCGACUCGUGCCAGCUUUGAUCCGCUUACCUUUAACAUUGCGAAGGCUUUGCUGGUGUAUAAGGUCUUUGUGGAGCACUUCAACUACUUUGAUCUCUUCAGCAACUACACUAUUGUCAAGGUCAACGCUGUUGUUCCUGGUCGCUGGAAGGGUAUGUUGACUGGAACUGCUAUCGGCGUUAUCGGGACUCUGUACGAGGCUAUCUUGCGACGCUCCUAA